ACACGGGGAAAGCAAAGAUAACGACAGACACCGCCAAUCAUAACAACAACAACAACAAUAACAAUAAUAAAAACGAAACUGCAUUAUUGGCGCAUUGAAGGGGUCCUAGAGGCGCCGGAGAAGCGAGCGAUGAAGCAAAUCCCGCGGUUGAUAGUUGUUGCCCAGCCGGCGCGAGGCGGACCGUUAGGCAUUUAAACAGGGGGAAGGUUUCCCCUCCGGCUCGUGGUGGGGUGGGGUAAACGGCGCCAAGAGACUAAAUCCUGGUGCAACGUUGGCAUCCUGCUACUUCGGGGAGGCAGACCCGACCCUGCUGGUAACACCAGAAACCAAACCCUUCCUCCCUUCCCCUCAAAGUAAUGUCACGUUCGUGAAUGUACUAGUUGCCACUGCUAUGUGAUGCAGGGUGAGCCCAAAAAGGGAUCGAAACAAGGAUAAUGAGCGGGGAUCUUAGUAUAUGCGGGUCCCGGGCGAGCCUGGGGCUGGGUCUGGGGGCAGCGACUGGCCUCGGUCUGUUGUAUCUAGCCUACAGUAGGGGAUGGGGGAAGAGGACCUGUCGGGGCAAACACGAGACACUUGACUUCAGCAAUGUGAAACCCAGCAAGCCAACCGUGCAGAACCAGGCAGCAUCAAAGGAAGGUAAAACACAGUCGGCAGAGGACGCUAGUAACAUCGCAGAAUUGAAGAAACAGCAGCUGGAGAUAUGGGAGCAAUUAGAUGUUAUCCUUCAAUGUGUGAAGGAGCUGAAGGGCGAAGUGAUCGAACUUCGGGAGUGUCUGACUGGAAUGACCGAUCAGAUUGUUGGUGAUGUCAGGUCUCGUUUAGAGCAUUGCGAAAAAUCAGGAAGAAAGAAGAGAAUAGGAUUUAAUAGAGAAAGAAGUAACUCUGCUGAAUCAAACUCCAUCUAUUUCACAUCCAGCGCUGGGAAUAAGAGCAGUGCUGAAACAGAGAGUGAAGGAGGAUAUACCACAGCUAAUGCAGAGUCAGAUAAUGACCGUGAAGAAGCAGCAAAUUCAAAUGCAACAGAUCCCAUGUGCAACUCAUUUCAUAACUUGGAUGAAUUCAAUCAAUUUCUAUGUACAGCAGACAAGUUGCAUGAUGGUACAGAUGAAGACAAAGCAAAGGGAUUUAAGUUGCUCUUGGAUAAGAAAACCAAGUAUCAUUCGAAGCCUGAGUUCUGCUGGCGACUGGCUCGUGCGUAUUGCGAUCUGGUGGAGAUGUCGAAAGACCAAAUUGAGAAGAAGUCCUUUUUGGUUAAGGGGAAAGAAGAAGCAGAAGCUGGUCUUCAGAAAGACAAUUCAAAUGCAGAGUGCCACAAGUGGUAUGCUAUCCUAUGUGGCAAACAGGCUGACAAUGAGACCAUCCAGAAUCGUAUCAAAGCUGGAUAUACUUUCAAGGUAAGCCAAGUUCAGAGAGCUGAAUCUUCAAUAUGGAGACGUUAGUCUUGCCAAGGCAUA